AUGGCUCCCAAGACGGUGCUGAUCACCGGCUGCUCCUCGGGCAUCGGGCUGGCGCUGGCCGUGCGCCUGGCGAGGGACAAGCAGCGCCGCUUCCGAGUCAUCGCCACCAUGAGGAACACGGGCAGGAGCGGGGCGCUGGCGGCGGCGGCGGGGCCGGCGCUGGGCCGGACGCUGGAGAUCAAACAGCUGGAUGUGUGCGACGAGGGCUCCAUCCGCGCCUGCCUCGACAGCAUCCCCGGGCGCCACAUCGAUAUCCUGGUCAGCAAUGCCGGGGUGGGCAUGGCGGGACCCCUGGAGUGCCAGAGCCUGGCAGCCAUGCAGAGCCUCAUGGACACCAACUUCUUCGGCCUCGUGCGCCUGGUCAAGGAGGUGCUGCCCGACAUGAAGCGGCGCCGCGGGGGCCACAUUGUCGUCAUCAGCAGCAUCAUGGGCCUGCAGGGCAUCGUCUUCAAUGACAUCUACUCGGCCUCCAAGUUUGCGGUGGAAGGUUUCUGCGAGAGCCUGGUGGUGCAGGCGCUGCGCUUCAACGUGGCGAUCAGCCUGGUGGAGCCGGGGCCGGUGAUGACGGAAUUCGAGACGAAGUUGUACGAGGAAGCCGAACGUGCCGACUACUCACGGACCGACCCCGAGACGGCCGAAAUCUUCACCAAGCUCUACCUGAGGAACUCCAGGGAUGUCUUCACCAGCCUGGGCCAGACCCCCGAGGACAUUGCAGAGCACACCCUGCGGGUGAUCGAGGCUGCCCGGCCGCCGUUCCGGCACCAGACCAACGUGGCCUACACGCCGAUGGCCGCCCUCAAACACGCCGACCCCAGCGGCGCCCUCAUCACCGACGCCUUCUACCAGCUGGUGUUCAAGUACGACGCCGUGCUGCGCUUCGGCCUCCGCGCCAUCCGCCUGCUCCGCUGGAAGGCACAGAAGGUCAAGGCGGGCGCGAGGCUCCUGGGCUUCAAAUAA